AUUGUCAUUCGCCCGUUGUCGCAUUUCGCUUAUGUGUACGCGCGCGCGAGCGUGCGUGCGUGCGGUCAAUGAUUACGUGUAUGUAUCAGAUCGCACGUAACGAGCUCGAUGCGAUUGCGUGCGACAGAAGCACGUGUAUCGCUGAAAGGCGAGACACGUGGGCCCGGCGAAGAAAGAAUAGAAAAUUCGUUGCGCAGUAUUUCACUUUCUCCUCUCUUCGUGCCUCUCUCUCUCUCUCUCUCUCUCUCUCUCUCUCUCUCUUCACCUGUCUUUUUUUCUCUGCCGCUCUACUUGCGUCGAUUGUGUGCAUUAUCCACUCGUCACGUCGUCGAAGUUGAUAAAUCGAAACGACAUCCGCUGUGUUCCUGUGGUCGUGUCUCUUUCUCUCUCUCUCUCUCUCUCUCUCUCUUUCUUACUCUUUCAAAUUCGCCUUUGAUCCGCAAAUCCCGUCGUUUUCAAGUUUUAACUAUGUCUUCAGGUUUCAACAAUGAUUACCGAUAAUGAAUUAUUCCUUUCAGCUUCGGCUUUCGGCCGAAGAAUAUUUCGGAGAGGAAAACAAGUGCAAGCAUGAACGACCAAUUGAUCAAAUACUGGAUCCAUGACACGGUAAUAAAUAACGUGAAAAAUCUAGAGUUGCAGUGGAAGUAACGAAAGUCACGUUAACGUGACAUAAUGAACUUUGAAACGCAAAGACUUAUCUCUCUCAUUUCUUUCAUCGACAAGCGGAAUCCACCGGAUUAUUCAGCAUGCACAUAAUUUUCCCGGCGAAUUGCUGCGCGAGAUUAACUCAUUUCCACAUUGAAGGAAAUCGCUCGGCCAGAAGGAAGGAGUUCUUCCGCGCAGAAUUUUCCAUAUCGCGACCUACCGUGACUCGGAGAGGGCAGGCUGAAAUUCAGACCAGGUCCGCUGGCCGCUGUUGUGAUGCAUGCAACGAUGCUUGCUCGGGUGUCACAAUAGGUUUAAUGGUCCUAAACUCGAUGUUAAACCCAUCCUCAGCUCCGUAGUAGGGGGCGGCUCUGGAAUCGCGUUCACGUUGGCGGCAAAUAGCGGAGAGGUAGGCAGGUCGGUAUAAAAUCGAACGAUUCCUCGAUCAAAGUCAGUAUUCGGGCCUGUCCUCGUGGUGUAUCGUCACCGAUUAAUCCCUAUCGUGUUUCGCCGUACUGAGACGCAAGGUAAGAGUCGACUCAUCCGAACAAGGUUUCUCUUCAAAGUCCAAGGAUCUCGAACAGGAUCCAGCUCGUUCUUGCCGGUUCAACCGGUCAUCUGUGUUGCCAUCUGUGCUGUUGUUUCUUCUUUAUUUUUGCGUUGUUAUGUUAGUGUACUAUAAAUUUACGAUUAACGUACGGCUGCUCGUGCGGGCAGAUGCAUCGCACCAUCGUCAUCAUCGCCAUCAUCGUCUGCUGUUUCCUCGCAUUGAGAGCCGCGGCGGAAGAGAUCGUGCUGAAUGAACAAUCGCUUGGCCUCGGAAGCGUGGCUGUUGAGAAUCAGGUCGAUGGCGGCGCGGUACACACCAGGCAAAAGAGAACGUUGUUCUUGAAGAAGAAGCUGCUCGGCGCUGGCCUCCUCGGCUUCGGUCUUGGCGUUGCGAAAGGUUACAAGGCCGGUUACUACAGCGCGCCCGAAGUACACCAUGUGUACCUUUCGCCUCCGGUGAAGUACGUGGAGUACGUCGAGAAACCGAUUUACAUCGAAAGGAUCGUGCCGAAGCCCAUUUACGGACUACCUCAGAAGGAGUAUGCGCCACCAGCUUGGUCGCAGCCAGAUCCGUCGCCUUCCUACGGGUAGGGGUCAUCACGAGUACCUCGCGAAGUAACUCAUCAUCCUCGAGAAAUCGCUUCUCUCGAUGGCUACUUGGACCUUUCUCUCUCUCUCUCUCUCUCUCUCUCUCUCUCUCUCUCUCUC